AUGUCGCGCACUGCACCACGAUCAAUCCAUACGCCUAUAAGCCCGCUCUCUUCCUCUAUACCACAUAGUCUUCUUCCGUCUGCACCAGCGUCGCCUCCGACUCCAGCGCCCAGUCCGUCACCGACGCAACAAGACCUGGAUUGGAGCCAGGCCAACGAGUAUGAGGAUCCUCAAUUCAGAGCGAUCCGCACUCUUUUCAAGGACCUCAGUACGGAUGAACGCAAGCGCCUGCUGGGAGAAGUUCUCAAUAUGUGCGACACCAAUUUACUGAGUUUCGUCAAAGAUUUCGUAACCCCGAGACUCCAAAAAGACCCUAUGAUGGUCCUCCCAGACGAAUUGAUUCUCAGAGUCCUGGAACAUUUCGACGACCCCGCUACCCUCACCCGCGCCUCGCAGGUUUCCAAACGCUGGCACACCAUGGUUAACGAUGAUAUGGCGUGGAAGUCAUUAUGCGAGAAGUACGGAUAUGAGACUAUGAGCAAGAAAUUCCUUGGUCUAUCGCCCCAAGACCAAUGCGAACAAUUUCAUAAAGCAAAAUUGCAAGUGCGCGGUUACCAGGAAACAAUGAACCCUGAUGAGGCUGUCAAGUUCCUAAAAGAAGUAUGGCCGGAAGGUGUAGACGACUUCCAGUCCUUCUUCAAACAGCGAUAUAUGGUGGAGACCGCCUGGCGCUCAGGGGGUCAUUGCGACUCUCGCCAAAUCACGCCAGACCAAGGGGUCGUUACGAGUCUCCAUCUGACGAUGAAGUACAUCAUUGUUGCCCUCGACAAUGCGAAAAUCCAUGUGUUCGAUGUGCUCGGGAACCACCUUAAGACACUCACGGGCCACGUGAUGGGAGUCUGGGCGAUGGUCCCUUGGGGCGAUCUCUUGGUGAGCGGCGGCUGCGAUCGUGACGUGCGCGUAUGGAAUCUAAAUUCCGGAAGUUCCGUCCAUGUCUUGAGAGGUCAUACUUCAACGGUCAGAUGUCUCAAGAUGUCAGAUGCUGAUACCGCGAUCUCUGGUUCCAGAGACACCACGCUGCGUAUUUGGGAUCUCAAGAAGGGGAUAUGCAAACACGUCUUAGUCGGUCAUCAGGCUAGCGUGCGGUGCCUAGAUAUCCAUGGGGAUCUUGUUGUAUCCGGUAGCUACGACACCACCGCGCGUAUAUGGUCUAUCUCGGAGGGUCGGUGCCUUCGUACGUUGACUGGUCAUUUCAGUCAGAUAUAUGCGAUCGCAUUCGAUGGCAAGAAGAUCGCUACGGGUAGUCUUGACACGAGUGUCCGUAUUUGGGAUCCCGUUGAUGGGCGAAACCUUGCUGUCUUGCAAGGCCAUACUUCUCUCGUUGGUCAAUUGCAGAUGCGGGAGGACGUGCUCGUCACUGGUGGUUCUGACGGCUCGGUCCGAGUUUGGUCGCUGGCCAACAACCAGCCCAUCCACCGUCUCGCAGCGCACGACAAUAGCGUCACGAGCCUGCAAUUUGACCACACUCGUAUUGUGAGUGGCGGCAGUGAUGGGCGCGUCAAGGUAUGGGACCUCAAAACGGGCUUGCUGGUGAGGGAGCUUGGGUCGCCGGCUGAAGCUGUUUGGCGGGUCGUUUUCGAAGAGGAAAAGGCCGUUGUCAUGGCCAGCCGAGGGGGCCGCACCAUUAUGGAGGUGUGGUCGUUUUCUCCAAACGCUGAGCCCGCCUGGCCCCGAGGACAACCUCCUCCGCCACCGCCGAUUCUCUCUGGCCGUGAUUCGCGAUCUGAUGCAGAGGCAGACGUUACUAUGACGGACGCUGCCGAUGUCGAUGCCCCCUGA